GGGGGCGUGGCGCGGCGCCAGCCCGAGGCCGAGCCCUUUCCGCCCCACCCCGCGGGAGCCCGGCCGGGGGGCAUCGCCCCAGCCCUCCCCUCCCCCCGCAGGGCCCGUGCCUGUUGGGGACCCUCCACGUGACUUGGUGAUGCAGAACGGUUGUGACCUUCACCGUGUGUCUGUGAACGCGAGGGUCCCAGCAACAGUGUGGGUUUGCACCCGGCUCUGCCGGUGGGUGCGGGGACGUGUGGGAGUGUGGGCAUGUGUGGGUGUGUUGGGGAGGGUGCCCAGCGACAUGUGACAAAGACUCUCGUCUCUGGGAGAUGGUGAAGGGGCCCACGAGCUGGCGCUUUGUCUGCCUGUCUGCAGAGUGACGGUUCGCGCAGCGGCAGCAGGCGCCCGUGCGGUGCAGGAUGCCGGGGCGCCAGGGUGGCCGGGGGCGCGCGCGCCUGUGCCUGGGUGAGUGCGCUGCGGCAGCGCCGGGGGGCUGCGCGGCGGGUCCGCGCCGGCCCGGGCCUCGCGCGUGACCAGGAGCCACCCGUGGGCGCUGCAGUGGCCGCGUGUCCGGGUGACCUCGGGAGCCGGCCUGGGCCCGGGUGGAUCCCCGCGCGCCCCUCCCCGUCCGCUCUCCACGUGCGUGUCCGCGGUGCGCGUGCUCGUUGGCGCGCACCCGCCUGCUUGUCGCUGCUGCUGCCGCCGCCGCCGCCGCCGCGAAUCGCUCCGGGAAAAGGUACCGGGAACCGAGUGAGCCGGGGCCGCGGGCCCGAGCGCCAUGGGCCGGAAGGCGCGCGGAGCGCGGCUGGUCAGCCCCGGGCCUCAUCCCCGCGGGAGAGCCGCCUGGAGUCGGCAGGGGCCGGCCGGGCCCACGGGGAGGCCGGCCCGCGCCCCCUGAGCUACGGACACCAGGGCGCUCGCCAUGGCCCCGCCGCUCCUGCUGCUGCUGCUGGCCAGUGGAGCGGCCGCCUGCCCACUGCCCUGCAUCUGCCAGAACUUGUCCGAGUCGCUCAGCACCCUCUGUGCCCACCGAGGCCUGCUGUUCGUGCCGCCCAACGUGGACCGGCGCACAGUGGAGCUACGGCUGGCUGACAACUUCAUCCAGGCCCUGGGGCCGCCGGACUUCCGCAACAUGACCGGGCUGGUGGACCUGACGCUGUCCCGCAACGCCAUCACCCGCAUCGGGGCCCGCGCCUUCGGGGACCUGGAGAGCCUGCGCUCCCUGCACCUGGAUGGCAACAGGCUGGCGGAGCUGGGCGCGGGCAGCCUGCGGGGCCCUGCCAACCUGCAGCACCUCAUCCUCAGCGGCAACCAGCUGGGCCGCAUUGCGCCCGGCGCCUUCGACGACUUCCUGGGCAGCUUGGAGGACCUGGACCUGUCCUACAACAACCUGCGGCAGGUGCCCUGGGCCGGCAUCGGCUCCAUGCCCGCCCUGCACACCCUCAACCUGGACCACAACCUCAUCGAUGCGCUGCCCCCGGGCGCCUUCGCCCAACUCAGCCAGCUCUCCCGCCUCGACCUCACCUCCAACCGCCUGGCCACGCUGGCGCCUGACCCGCUCUUCUCCCGGGGCCGCCACGCCGAGGCCUCGCCUGCGCCGCUGGUGCUGAGCUUCAGCGGGAACCCCCUGCACUGCAACUGCGAGCUGCUCUGGCUGCGGCGGCUGGCGCGGCCCGACGACCUGGAGACCUGUGCCUCCCCGCCCGGCCUAGCCGGCCGCUACUUCUGGACGGUGCCCGAGGGCGAGUUCUCCUGUGAGCCGCCCCUCAUCGCCCGCCACACGCAGCGCCUCUGGGUGCUGGAGGGCCAGCGGGCCACGCUGCGGUGCCGGGCCCUUGGCGACCCCGCGCCCACCAUGCACUGGGUUGGCCCCGAUGACCGGCUGGUGGGCAACUCCUCCCGGGCCCGGGCCUUUCCCAACGGGACCCUGGAGAUCGGGGUGACAGGCUCCGGGGACGCGGGGGCCUACACCUGCAUUGCUACCAACCCGGCUGGCGAGGCCACGGCCCGCGUCGAACUGCGGGUGCUGGCUCUGCCCCACGGGGGGAACGGCAGCACCGAGGGGGGCCGCCCCGGGCCCUCGGACAUCGCGGCCUCAGCCCGCACGGCUGCGGAGGGUGAGGGCACGCCCGAGUCGGAGCCGGCCGUGCAGGUGACGGAGGUGACUGCCACCUCGGGGCUGGUGAGCUGGGGGCCGGGGCGGCCAGCAGACCCCGUGUGGAUGUUCCAGCUCCAGUACAACAGCAGCGAGGACGAGACCCUCAUUUACCGGAUCGUCCCCGCCUCCAGCCAUCACUUCCUGCUGAAGCACCUGGUCCCGGGUGCCGACUAUGACCUCUGUCUGCUGGCGCUGUCACCCGCCGCUGGGCCCUCUGACCUCACUGCCACCCGGCUGCUGGGCUGUGCCCACUUCUCCACGCUGCCAGCCACGCCCCUGUGCCACGCCCUGCAGGCCCACGUGCUGGGCGGGACCCUGACUGUGGCUGUGGGUGGGGUGCUGGUGGCUGCCUUACUGGUCUUCACUGUGGCCUUGCUGGUUCGGGGCCGGGGGGCCGGGAACGGCCGUCUCCCCCUCAAGCUCAGCCACGUGCAGUCACAGACCAACGGAGGCCCCAGCCCCACGCCCAAGGCGCACCCCCCACGCAGCCCCCCGCCUCGCCCCCAGCGCAGCUGCUCCCUGGACCUGGGGGACAGCGGCGGGUGCUACGGUUACGCCAGGCGCCUCGGAGGGGCCUGGGCCCGGCGGAGCCACUCUGUGCAUGGUGGGCUGCUCGGGGCCGGGUGCCGGGGGGCUGGGGGCAGUGCUGAGCGGCUGGAGGAGAGCGUGGUCUGAGGGCUGAGAGCUGGCCCCGGGGGUGGCAGGCUGGGGGGCGGAGGGUGCGGGCGGGCGGCCUCCUGGGCUGGUGGGUCAGCGCGGCCAGAGAGCCCAUCCCGGCCCUCCCCUCGGUGCCUCAGGCAGGACCCUUGCCCUGGUUCUGGCCUCCAGUCGGGCAAAACGGGCCAGGUCCCUGUGACAGGUGCUCACGGCCUCCGAGCGCGGGCUGCAGCCGCCAAGUGGAAGUCUUGUUUGUCUUUAUAAUAAAAUCAUUGGGGUCACCUCA